GUGAGUGGAAUCAAGAGUCUCUAUGAGUCUGAACUGGCAGAUGCUCGAAGAGCUCUGGAUGAAACGGCCAAAGAGAGGGCUAGAUUACAGAUCGAAAUAGGGAAACUGAGAGCGGAACUUGAGGAGUUCAAUAAAAGCUACAAGAAGAAAGAUGCAGACUUGUCUGUGGCUCAGGGUCGCAUUAAGGAUCUCGAAGUGCUGUUCCAUAGAAGUGAAGCAGAACUCAAUACUGUCCUGAAUGAGAAACGCAGUCUGGAAGCAGAGGUGGCCGAUUUGCGUGCCCAACUUGCUAAGGCUGAAGAUGGUCAUGCUGUGGCUAAGAAGCAGUUGGAGAAGGAGACUCUCAUGCGUGUGGACCUGGAGAAUCGGUGCCAGAGCUUGCAAGAGGAUCUGGAUUUCAGGAAGAAUGUGUUUGAGGAG